GAUAUCCACUGCACUCUUCAGCUGAACCUUCAACCUUCUCAGCUGAACCGGAAGCAUGACCCGCAAUAUAGAGUAGAAACUCGAGCGAACGAGACUAUCAUUUCUGUCUUCUGCGCAUUAAAACGCCUUGUCCUCCCCCUCUGCGCAAUGAACUAGACGUUCGUGCUCUUAUCCUCUUAUCAAUUCCUUCCGCGUGACUUGCGCGGAGGAAACAUCGGUCGCACGGAAUGACGGGGCCCUCGACGGUUUCAGAGCAAACAUCUCUCAUACACAAUCAAUCGUCUAUAGAUCGACGACAGCAGAGUGAUACUGACAUGGAUGUCCACGCUGCCGCGCAGAAACUGGGGCUGGGGGUGGGCAGGCGGACUCUCGGCAUUUGUCUGCUAAUGAUCGUUGUCGUGCUGUGGACGGCCUCGAGCUUUCUAGCCAGCACCAUAUUUUCCGAUAAUACCUACUCUAAGCCGUUCUUCAUGACAUAUUUCAACACCGCAUUCUUUACUCUCCCCCUGUUUCCGAUAUUCUUGAACCGCCUUUGGAGACUCUGGCGCUUGAAUAAACUGUCGCAGAUUACUUCGUGGCGGACCUUCUUGAAACACAUUGAUGCGAGUAGUGCAAAGGGAGAACAGGAUAUACUCGAUGGCAGGGACAGUGACGCUGAGCUCGAAAGCUCUCACGACAGACUGCAUACUAUUGAUACAGAGUCUGGGGCGCUGAGUUUAAGAGACACAGCAAAGUUGAGUCUUCAGUUUUGUAUUUUAUGGUUCGCUGCCAAUUACUUCUCCUAUUCCUGUCUGCAGUACACCACAGUCGCAAGCACGACCAUUUUAACCUCCACAAGCGGCGUAUGGACUCUCAUCUUCGGCGCCUUCCUCGGCGUCGAGAAAUUCGGCAUCCGCAAGACCCUGGGCGUCCUCGCCUCCCUAGCAGGAAUCAUCCUCAUCUCCCGCGUCGACAUAUCUGGGUCCGACGACAACGGUGGCAGUGACAGCACCGACGGUGCCAUUCACAGAACACCCGGCGAGAUCGCCCUCGGCGAUGCCAUGGCCGGCGUCAGCGCCGUGCUAUACGGAGUCUACACUAUCGUCAUGAAGAAGCAGGUAGGCGACGAGUCCAAGGUCAACAUGCAGCUCUUUUUUGGUCUCGUGGGCGUCUUCAACUUUAUCCUCCUCUGGCCGGGUUUCUUCAUUAUGCACUGGACGGGUGUUGAGCCGUUUGGUCUGCCGGAUACGAGUAGAAUCUGGACUAUCAUUUCGAUAAAUGCCGUCAUCUCCCUUACAUCCGACAUCGUCUGGGCCUACGCAAUGCUCCUAACCACCCCGCUCGUCGUCACCGUCGGGCUCAGCAUGACCAUUCCCCUCUCCCUAGUCGGCCAGAUGAUCCUACAGGGACGGUACUCGUCGCCGCUGUACUGGGUCGGCGCUGCGAUUGUGUUUCUGUCGUUUUUGGUCGUUAACCAGGAAAGUGCGGUUAAUGAUCCCGAGCCAGUGCAGAGGGGGCAUUAUGAUGCUGUUCCUGGUGAGGAAGCGGGUGAAAGGGUUCGAUAGGUAUGCUUUGGGGGCAAUUUAUAGAUAUAGAUAUAGAUAUAUAUCUUUUUGAAUUAGAGAUAUUUCUAUUUUGCUACUGUUACUGUCAAUUACUGUUCAUGGUAAACGUGUUUAUAUAUUCAAAUCCAACAUUAUUCAUUCGGA